GUCUGCGCAUUGCAUAAUUGAGCCCAAGUCUCCUGCCUCAGGCCGGACCCUCAACAACAAUGCAGGACAAUUGCUAAAACGCGACGAUUUGUACACAACGACGCACACACGCUCGCACCGUUGUACAGAGACCGCGGUGUUCAAGUUUAAGAAGUCGAAGUCGUCGUGAGGAGGCGGGCGCGAGUCGCCGCUUCUUCUCAACCCUCGCGGCUCCUCGGAGGCGAAGAUGGCGGACGCCGCCAUUCAGCCGACCCACGGCGCCAGUGCGCACAGCUCCAGGGAAGGCGAGGAUGUUAACGGCGACACGGAGGCUGCAGGGGAGAGUGGCGGCGGAGGUGGUGGUGGUAGCAGCGGCAAAGUUGCAGCUGCCACAACUGCUGUGCCGGCAACAGAGGUGUCGGUAGCCGCAGGCAAAGGCUCCGCGGAGAAGCGCAAAGCGGAGAGCGGCGCCGACUCCUCCUCCUCCUCGGCGGAGGAGGAGACCGAGGAGGAGCCGCGCAGCCGCAAGAAGAAGAAGAGCCGCAAGAAGAAGCACCGGCGCAAGGGCAGCAGCCGCUCCAAGAAGUCCAAGAGCAAGGCCGACUCGGACAAGGAGGACCGCGGCAGCGGACGCAGCCGGCGCAGGAAGGCGAGCGGGGAGGCCACGGAGAUACCGGAGCCUACGACGAAAGAUUCACUGGCCGGCGGUGGUGACGGUGGGUGCUUGCAGGCGGUGGCGGCCGACGCGAAAGGCGGCGGCGGCGGGACCCGGGACGGCGCGGAAGGAGGAGCAAAGGAGGCCCGGGUGCGGUCGAGCGCCGUCGCCGACAGCGGAGGUGAGGAGGUGAGAGCCGGACAGGAGGUGACGGAGAGCGCCGGCCGUGCGUCGUCGGAGGUGGAGGCGGCGAAAGGCAAGGUGGCGGGGAGCAAGGAGGAGAUGGGAGGAGCGUCUCUGGGCGGUGCAGGCGCUGCGGCUUCGUCGGACCCGAGCGGCAAGGGAGUCCCGGAGAAGGAGCGCGAGGUGGAUCCGUCGGAGGUGCGACGUGUGGAGAACGGCGGGAGGAAGAACGGAGACGGCGGUGGCGCCGAGUCUACGGGAAAGUUGGGCGAGGCAAGUAGAGGGAGCCCGAAACGAGUCGUGGAGGAAAAAAGUAAGAGCGGCUCGGAGAACGAUGAGUCGGACGCAGACACCAAGAAGGGAAAGAACGUCAAGAACGCAGGUUCAUCUUCAGAGCUGGACUCGGACUUUGAAAUAACAGACGACAGUGAAAAUCCGGCCGUGUCGAUGCUUUCGGUGAUUGCGCGGCAUAUCAAUUCCACAGGGCAGCCAGGUGGGCGGCCGUCGACGGCCAAGGAGGGCGGCGCGAGGGGGCGUCCGCAGGCCGGCUCGCGAUCCGGCUCCGACGAGCGCAAGUCGAGGGAGCGGAGCGCGACCCCCGAGGUCCCCGCCAGGAGGCGGCCGACCCCCUCGCGCUCCCGCUCGCGACAGAAGUCUCCUUCUCCGUCGCGGGAGCGCCGGCGGAGAGGCUCCAGCCCCGUGGCCCCGCGCCGCCGCACGCGCUCCCGCUCGAGGGAGCGGCAGGCGAAGGGCUCGGGGCGGGACCGGCAGAGGAGGGACUCGCGGUCGGCCUCGAGGAACCGCAAGCCGCGCAGCCGCUCGCGGUCGGCCCAGCGGCCUCGCGACGUCCGCGCCAAGUCUCGCUCCGCGUCUCGCGACCGGCUCCGCAGGGGACGGGGGGGCCGCUCCGCGUCUCGCGAGCGGAACCGGCGCGAGCGGAACCGUUCGCGCUCCCCGUCGCCGCCGCCCCCGAGGAAUCGGGGCCUGCGGGCGAGGUCUCGCACGCCGUCCACCGGGAGGCGGGCGAGGGGGGCGAGGGCGGCGACGCCGCUGCUGCCGCCUUCUCGCGACCGUGGCCGGAGGCAGACGUCGCGCGAUCGAGGCCGGAGAGGGAAGUCCAGGUCGGUGUCGCGGGAUCGAACGCGGAGGCAGAAGUCGAGGACUUUGUCGCGAGAUCGCAACAGGAGAGCGAAAUCGAGGUCGGUGUCGAGAGAUCGCAUCCGAAGGCAGAAGUCAAGAUCAUUAUCUCGGGAUCGCAACAGGAGAGUGAAAUCGAGGUCUGCGUCGCGCGAUCGCAACAGGAGGGCGAAAUCCAAGACGCCGUCUCGCGACUUCAAUCGUAAACACAGGUCGAGAUCUGUAUCUCGCGAUCGCAGCAAGAGGGUUAAAUCCAGGUCUGUAUCUCGCGAUCGCAACAAGAGGGUUAAGUCCAGGUCGCCAUCUCGCGAUCGCAACCGUAGGCACAGGUCGAGAUCGGCGUCGCGCGACCGCACAAAGAGAGCGGUGAAAUCGAGGUCGGCAUCGCGCGAUCGCGGUCGUAAACACAAGUCGAGAUCGGCGUCGCGCGAUCGCGCCAAGCGAGUGCUCAAGUCGAGAUCGGCGUCGCGCGAUCGCAAGCAGAAGGCGAGAAGCGGGUCUGCGUCGCCGGGCCGCGGCGGGAGGUCCCGCUCCGCCUCGCCGGACGGUGGCAAGAAGGCAUCCACGGAGGAGAGCGACGUCGCUGCAAGGGGCGCCGAGGCUCGCUCUCGUUCUCACUCGCCCGGCAAGGAGUGCCUCAAAGUGGAGGGAUUGAAGAUGAACGCGCUGAUGAGGGAGUGGUUGAAGUGGGGGGGAAGGUGGUAAAGGCGGAAGCGGAGGAAGCUGGUGUGGAACGGCCGAGUGGAGGGGAGGCUGUGGCGAAUGAUGUGGCGAAUGAUGUGGCGAUAAAGGUGGAACCCGGUGACGGCUCGACAAAUGAUGGCGGAGGAAAUGCGGGAAAAGCGGA